UGAAGAUAAUUUUUGUUAAAUUAUUUUGUUCAGAUGAUGUCUUGAUGAUUUAUUGAUUAUUUAUUUGAAAUGUGUAUUGAAUUAAAAUUAAUAUGAUAUCAUUAUAUGUCGAUAAAGGCGUAGCUUAUGUUUGGAACUCUGAAGAUUGGAAUAUAUUGCGUUCCAAUCACCGGAUAUGUGGUGCACUUAUAGGUUCUGUUGCUUCAUUUCCUAGACAAAAUGACUUUCAAGGUUUGCCAAUGGCACUCAUGUCAGAAGAAGCAGCACUGCUUGUAGAAAAAGGAAUUUGUCAACUGGUUGAACUACCUCAUUUAAAUUAUAACACGGAUGAAAAGGAAAAAGAAAAGCUGCAACUACUGCAAAACAAACAAUUGGAAGAGCAGCAUGAAGCUCUACGGAAAAGAAAAAUAGAGCAAAUAACUCAGAAGAUUGAUAUAAUACUAGCAGGGAAAAAACAAAAGAUGUUGUCAAAAGGAAUAAAAAAUGUUAACCUUAAUAGGGAAGCACUGUUGCAAGAGGAAAUUGAGAAAUUGUCUAAAGUUGCACCCGCUCAUAUGUUAGUACAUUUGCCAACAGAACAUUAUACAGAUACAGUCAGAAAAUAUGUCAAAAUAGAUGUUCUGUGUCCAAGUGUGUUAGAACCUGCAGGUGCUAGUAAAUUUGCUAUAUUUAAGGAUUUGUGGGGACAGGGAUACUACAUAACAAGUGGCUCAAAGUUUGGCUCAAACUAUCUUGUGUAUCCAGGUGAUCCAGUACGGUUUCACGCAAUGUACAUGGUAAAAUGUGUCGAGACAGAAAAAACAUUCAAACCAAGAGAAUUUGUGGCUUUCGGUCGCUUGUCUGUAGCAGUUAACAAAAUGGCUGUGCUGGCAUUUCAUAACACCUAUGGCAAAGUUGAAUAUCAAACAUUGCAAUGGCAUGAUAGUUUGUAUGGAUAAAUAAAUAUUUAUUAUAAAAUAUACUUA